UUUUUGAAACACAGCCGGCGUCCAUGCAAAAAAAGGUCAACAGAGCCGGUGACUAGAGGCGACACUGUGCAGGAUCAGAAAAUGUCCUGAUUUUCUGUUUUAUUUUAUAGCUUUCUGUCUUUUGUAAGAUUUUUCAGUCAUGAAUAAGCUGAUGAACGGUGUUUGUCUUGGUCACGGCGUGUUAAUCAGAGUAACAGCCCGGUUUAUUGUUCCUCACAGAAACAUCACUAACCUCAACCUUACCUCAGGAAACAAAGUUUACUCCCAUGUGAGAAACGUGUCCGGGGGACCUGCAGGUGCCAUGAACGUGUUUGACAGAAAUAUGAAGAGAAAGCAGAAGAAAUGGGCAGCGAUUUUACCGGAUAGUGAUAAAUAUGACUACCUGCGAGACGAGGUUGGUAGCAGAGUAGCAGACAGAAUUUAUGACAUUACCAGGAGUUUCCCUUUGGCGCUAGAUUUGGGGUGCGGAAAAAGCCACAUCGCCGAACAUCUUAACAAGGACAUCGUAGAGCGUCUUUUCCUUACAGACAUCUCGGAUGCUUCAUUAAGGCAGAAGAGGCAGAGUGAGAUGCCUACACACUGUGUGCUGGCCGAUGAAGAGUUCCUGCCAUUUAAAGAGAACACGUUUGAUCUGGUAGUCAGCAGCCUGAGUUUGCACUGGAUCAAUGAUCUUCCAGGAGCUUUGCAUCAGAUCCAUCAUGUGCUGAAACCAGACGGUGUGUUUGUAGGCGCGAUGGUCGGAGGCGAAACUCUGUACGAGUUGCGCUGUUCUCUGCAGCUAGCUGAGCUGGAGAGGGAGGGAGGAUUUUCACCCCACAUUUCGCCCUACACAGCCGUCACCGACCUGGGCAACCUGCUGGGCCAAGCUGGCUUCAACAUGCUCACUGUGGAUGUGGAUGAGAUUCAGGUUCAUUACCCAGGCAUGUUUGAAGUCUUGUGUGAUUUACAAGGAAUGGGAGAGAGUAAUUGCGCAUGGAACAGGAAGGCACUGUUGCACAGAGACACCAUCCUGGCAGCGGCUGCUGUUUAUAAAGAGAUGUAUGGGAACGAAGAUGGAUCUGUGCCAGCCACGUUUGACAUCCUGUUUAUGAUUGGCUGGAAGCCUCAUGAGUCACAGGCAAAACCAGCGAAAAGAGGUUCAGCAACCAUGUCCUUCACAGAUUUGUCAAAAAUCAGCCGAACUCCAACAGCCAACAAAACAGACAAAUCCAGCACUAGCGCUAGCUGACUCAAACCAGCUCAUCAACAUGAAUAUAGAAAGAGUGUUGCUUAAUAAUGAUAUGUACAUAAAAACUACUGUACUGUAUGUAAAAUGGCCAAUGAAUGACCAGUCAAAUAUGAUUUUUUUUAUUUAAUGUUUUGAACAGAUCAUAAUUUCCUCAAUGCUAAAAUAAAAAGUUUAGCUAAAUAUGCAUACAAAUGUAUAAAUAACCAAAAGGCCUUCAGAUCUACGGUCACCGUUGGAGGAAAUAUCAUGCUCUGUAAGAGAAAUAGAAUGGUCACAUCAUAACUUAAAUUCAAAUGAAGAACUAUCAGGAAAAUGUCGAAUCUCAGGAAAUAAUCAGAAAAAGAAAUGUUGUGGAGAGGAAAGAAACAUGGAUUAAUUCUCUAAACUGUACAAUCUCUUUCCCUUUCAUAUUGCGUUAGUAAUAGAAGCACCUUUAUACACACGCCGCACAAUAAUCUGCAUUCUUAAAUAUGUACAUAUGGCUUUCAGAGAAAUGUAUUUGUCUGUGCAUGUGUAAGUUACUGUUUUAUUUCAGUACAAAGACAAAGUUUGUUUUUUUAUGUUCAUCAUGCAAUAGAACCAAAUUCGUAACUACUCGCUAUGUGACAUAUUCUGUUUUAAAUAUUUGGUGGUCACGCCAGUGUAAGUUAGAACAGAUUAACAAAUCUGGAUAGGAUAGAGUUCUCUUUUUGGAAGAUGUAUGCUGAAAUGUUUUACUCCAAACGUGUACACUAGUAGCCCUAUACACUAAUCGCAGUAAUGUUGGUGGAGAACGGUUCCAGUUAUGGCCAGGAGGUGUGUUAGCAGGUGGUAGACUGUAGUUUAUGGUGUACUUGCAUAGGAAUGUUUUUAGCGGCCUGCUGUCCACACAGGCAUAUUCACUACACCAAUAACCACUCGAGAAAUCUCAACAAUUAAUAACCAGUUCAUAGCCAUAAAAUAUUAAAUAAAAAAGAACAGUGGAUGACAUCUAGUGCAGUUUAGGCAAAACUUCAAACACCAACCGUCUCAAAGAUUUUGUACAAUUUCAUUUUAUGCUGACCUAAUGUGAUAAAUUAAUGGCACAGUGGAGAGAUGGGGCUUGCAAUAUGAGUGAUGACAACAACAAUAUAGGAGUUUUUAAGGGUUUUCACCCCUACAUUUAAACAUGCUUGUGUUGUAUUUUGAAAUUACGCAGCCAUAUCACACAUUUAGAAUGUAACUCAUUUAACUGAAACAACAAAAAAGUUCACAAUAAGGAAAAUGAUGGAAGUUCUAGGAGGCCAUGCAAUAUUAUUACUUUUUUGUUUGUUUGCUUGUUUUCUCAUUAUCCUCAACAUAAAAGUGGUUUUGUCGUGA